AUGGCUGAGAUAGCAAACGAUAUCUCUAACACUCAACAAACUUCUUCAGAUACAGUUGAGAACAAAAUCAAUCCAAUAUUACAAUCAUUGGUGUUUGGUGAUAGAUAUAAUCAACCUCUAUCAGUUGGAGUAUUACCAACACCAUUACAAUCAUUGAAGUUUGGUUAUAGAUAUAAUCAACCUCUAUCAAUUGGAGAAAUACCAUCAUCAUUACAAUCAUUGGUGUUUGGUUUAGACUAUGAUCAACCUCUACCAGUUGGAGUAUUACCAUCAUCAUUACAAUCAUUGGUGUUUGGUGGUUACUAUAAUCAACGUCUAUCAGUUGGAGUAUUACCAACAUCAUUACAAUCAUUGGUGUUUGGUGAUAGAUAUAAUCAACCAAUAGCAGUUGGAGUACUGCCAUCAUCAUUACAAUCAUUGAAGUUUGGUCAUAUAUAUUUAGAAAUUUCGCCAACAAGAGUUUUAGUUGAUUUCAAACAAACGAUUGCCAACAGAAACUUUAUUAAAUUAGGGUCACUUGGAGUAAUCAAACUUCCAAAUAUCAAAUUUUCAAAAAUAACAUCAUCGUGGACUAAGGGGCCGAACAACAUCCCACCCACAACAUUCAACCCAAAUCCCAACUCAAUCCAUUACGACCGCCAAUAUUUACUGGUAUAUCCCAUCAAAUCCACAGAUUAUGUUACAGUCAACAACCACAAAUAUUUCAAAUUACACUCUUUUCCAUACUCUGCCAACCAAGUAAUCUUUGUUAUGAGCGAAUCCGGUGAAUUAGCAUAUUACACCUCCAAUCAAUCAAUUUAUGACAAAGUGCAAUUUGAAAUCUCAACGAUGAAACUAUUCAUCGGUGACCCUAUGUUUGUGCAAUACAAAGAUCACCAAGAUGACAGUGAUUUAAAAAAGAUAUAUAUUUUGACACAUUUCUGUGAAGGUGGUGAUUUGGAACAAUUAUUUCAAUCAAUGACUAAAUGGUAUGUCAUUUUAAUUAUUAGAUGUUUACCAUACCAUAUUUAA